AUGAAACCGACGAAAAAUCUCAUCGCGACCCGAUCAACCGCCUUCCGAGGCAUUCCAUCGACGCUACGACCCUUUCUUGUCUCUCGCUUCUAUGCGACUCAGCAAGGCCUAGGAGCAACGCCGCAGGGCCCUAAGCGACGAGCAGUGACGCCAUUUAAUGACAAUGGACAUGUACCGUGGACAAAGCUUUCGGUAGGAGAGAAGGCAGCUCGAGCGACACAACAGAGCUUCAACUUUGGCAUGAUCCUCGUUGGUCUUGUUCUGACUAGUGGUGUGGGAUACUUUCUGUGGACCGAUGUCUUCUCCCCCGAUAGCAAGAUCUCCAACUUCAAUCGCGCAGUCGACAAGAUCAGAAGCGACCAACGUAUACUCGAAAUCAUGGGUGAUGCCAAGAAGAUCACAGCGCAUGGAGAAGAGACACUCAAUAAGUGGAGGCGGGCACGCCCUGUUGCUUCCUCGGAAACAACAGAUGCUCGUGGAGACCAGCAUAUCAUGAUGCACUUCCAUGUUGACGGACCCAAGAAUAGCGGCAUUGCCCGGCUACACAUGGUUAAAUACCGAGGACGCAGUGACUACGUAUACAAGUAUCUUUUUGUAGAUAUCCCGGGUCACGAGAGAAUCUAUCUUGAGCAUGAAGAUUCGUCCUCGUCCAAAGACGGCAAAAAGUUCAGUCUAUUCGGGGUGAAAUGGAGCUGA